AUGAAUCCACUCCUGAUGCUGGCGCUUGUGGGAGCUGCUGUUGCCCUUCCUGUUGAUGAUGGUGACAAGAUUGUUGGAGGCUACACCUGUCAGAAGAACUCCAUUCCAUACCAGGUGUCCCUGAACUCUGGCUACCACUUCUGUGGAGGCUCCCUCAUCAAUGAGCAAUGGGUGGUGACUGCAGCUCAUUGCUACAAGACGUAAGUGAUGGUUUCUUGAUUGCGUUGCUCACAGAGUGGGGCAUCUUUACACCAGGCAUCUCUAUGAGCCAGUGAGGAAGAUGUGGAGGAAGGGACCCUGGACAAUGACAUCAUGCUGAUCAAGCUGGCUUCUCCUGUGACUCUCAGUGCCCGGGUGGCCACUGUAGCUCUGCCCACCUCCUCUGUACCUGCUGGCACUCAGUGCCUCAUCUCUGGCUGGGGCAACACCCUCAGCUUUGGGGAGCUUUAUCCAGACCUGCUCCAGUGCCUAGAGGCACCCGUGUUGACUCAGGCUGAAUGUAAAGCUGCCUAUCCCGGAAAGAUCACUGAUAACAUGUUCUGUGCUGGCUUCCUUGCAGGAGGCAAGGAUUCCUGCCAGGGUGACUCUGGUGGCCCUUUGGUCUGCAAUGGAGAGCUCCAGGGCAUUGUCUCCUGGGGCUAUGGCUGUGCCUUGGCAGAUAACCCUGGUGUGUACACCAAGGUCGUCAACUAUGUGGACUGGAUUCAGAGCACCAUUGCUUCGGAGUAG